AGACCACGCCCACAGCAUCCGGCUAUGGAGGAGUGAGCAAGACGGUCGUGUACAUUUGUGCGUCCUCCGUGAAUUUGUGGCCGUAAUGUAUUUUCCUGUAAGCGUGAUGGCGUUCGACAUACCAAAGAGACAUGUAAGGCGAAAACAGCCGAGUGGACGAGUGUUUCCGCCAAGAUAAACGAGCGGCGGUCAAGGUUGCAGCCUAGCAAGAAUGAAGACUAGGAAGUACGGAAGUGUGAUGGAGAUGUUUGAAGGAGGAAACCACGUGGUCACAAUGUGCGCGCCUAUGGUUCGAUAUUCGAAGCUGCCUUUCAGGUCCUUGGUGCGGAAAUACAACUGCGACGUUUGCUUCACUCCCAUGAUUGUCGCUUCCGACUUUGUGCGAUCCGUCAAGGCCAGAGACAGUGAAUUCACCACCAAUGAGUGUGACAGACCCCUGAUUGUGCAGUUUGCUGCCCACGACGCCCAGACUUUGGCCGAUGCAACCUCUGCAGUCGCACCUUUCUCAGACGGCGUUGACCUCAACUGUGGAUGUCCUCAGAGAUGGGCCAUGUCCGCAGGCUACGGCGCUUGUCUCAUCAACAAACCCGAGCUGGUGAAAGACAUGGUCCGCCACGUGAGGAACCAGGUGUCCCGUCCGGACUACACAGCGUCCAUCAAGAUAAGAAUCCACGCCGACCUGAGGAGGACGGUGGAUCUGUGCCAGAAGGCGGAGGCGGCGGGGGUGUCGUGGAUAACGGUGCACGGCCGCACGUCAGAGGAGCGCCACCAGCCGGUCCACUACGACGCCAUAAAGACCAUCAAGGACAGCGUGUCCAUCCCUGUCAUCGCCAACGGGGACAUCAAGUACCAACGCGAUGUGGACGCCAUUCGCCAGCGCACUGGCGCUGAUGGUGUGAUGGUAGCGCGAGGGCUGCUCGCUAACCCCGCUCUGUUCGCUGGGUACGAAGACACCCCGUUGGAGUGUGUGUGGGACUGGGUGGACAUCUCCACUCAGCAGGGCACGCCAUUCACCUGCUUCCACAACCAUCUGAUGUACAUGCUGGACAGAGUCAGCUCCCAGCCUGAGAGGAAAGUAUUUAAUUCCCUCAGCAGCACAUCUGCCGUCAUUGACUACUUGCAGAGCACAUAUGGAGCGGCGCAUGAUUUGCCCAAAACCGGAAAACGACAUAACUUUUUAACACGCCAUCACAACAUGUCGCUGCAGUGGACUGUGGUGGCUCUCUUCCUCUACCUGGAGAUUGGCGUCCUUGUCAUUCUCUGUCUACCCUUCAUCUCUGCUAAGAGGUGGCAGAAGGUGUUCAACUUCAGGAUCUGGAGCCCGGUGGCCCGGUUUUCCAACAAAGUGUUUCUUACCAUGAUUGUUAUACUUAUCGUCCUAUUUCUCGAUGCCGUCCGUGAGGUGAGGAAGUACUCCACGAAGAACCUGGGCACAGAUGCCAAGCUGCUGCCCAACAUGCACGACCACAUGCACAUGAAGCUCUUCCGGGCACAGAGGAACCUUUACAUCUCGGGCUUCGCCGUCUUCCUCUGGCUGGUGAUGAAGAGAGUGGUCACGCUCAUCAACAAACUGGCUUCCGCCUCGGCAAGCACUGCUGCACUCCUGGUGCAGUCGGACGACGCCAAGAAAGCUGCCAAAAAGUGCUUGGAGGACAACGAGAUGUUGAAGAAGACGCUGAUGGACGGCACGGGAGACCGAGCCACCGCAGAAGGCAUGGAGCUGCUGAGGAAAGAGGUGGAGAAACUGCAAGAGGACCUGAAGAAGUCGGAGGACGCCCUGAAGGAGUCGGAGUGUGUCGCAGGAGGACUGCAGAAUCAGACGGACAGUCUGGCCAGAGAGUACGACCGCCUGCUGAAAGAACACCAGGUGCUGCAGAACCUUCAGAACGAGGGCGAGAAAAAGGACGCCUAGCAGGAUUGGAGGAGUUUGAAGAACACGCAAGUUUUUUUUCCUUUAUUCCCGACGAGCUUAAAGAACGUUCUGGCACUGACGCCAUUCAGAGAUUGUUCUUAGACGUUAUUCUUUUUCUUUUUCUAUUUCUGGCACAUCUUGCAUGUCUUACAAGACAAAUAUUAGACCACAAGUUUGACUUUUUCCAAAAAGCACUUUCAGUUUUCUUACUGUGUUGUUUAAUCACAGUUUUUGUCCUGUGGGGAAGAAAAUGUUUACAUUUCCUACAUCUUUAGUCUUAAUUUAAAUAUCACAAUCAUCACAGUUGUUUUUCCACCAAAGCAACAGGAGAUAAUCUUCACAUGCAUCUUAAAUAACAGCAACACAUUUGGGAAAUAUUGAGUAUGAAAGGUUGUUUACAUAUAAGUUGUUCUGUAUAUACCCUAUUUUUCAGACUACCCUAUUUUUCGGAGUAUAAGUCGCUCCGGAGUAUAAGUCGCACCUGCCGAAAAUGCAUAAUAAAGAAGGAAAAAAACAUAUAUAAGUCGCAUUUUUUAGGGUAAUGUAUUUGAUAAAAGCCAACA